AUGACGAUCACAACCUGGGAACAAAAGGCCCAGGCCAAACAAGCCGCCGCCGCAGCCAAGAUCCCCGCCGAAUGGCGUCUAUCCGAGAAACUGCUCCAGGAUCUGGAGCAACAAGGCCCCGCAGUCAGCGUGCUCGAUGUCCCCCGCAAAUGCGGUUUGCUGACCCAGCGCGAACUCGACAUCACCGAGACAGUCGAUGCGACGGUUCUGCUGGCACGGCUAGCGUCGCGCGAGCUGACUUCAUCCGAAGUCACCAUCGCCUUCUGCAAACGCGCCGCCAUUGCCCAGCAGCUCACAGGUUGUCUGACGGAAACGUUCUUCGACAUCGCCAUCCAGCGCGCCAAGGAGGUGGAUGAUCACCUCGCUACCACCGGGACCCUCAUCGGCCCGUUCCACGGCCUGCCCAUCAGUCUGAAGGAGAACUUGAACGUCAGCGGUGUGCCAACCUGUCUCGGCUAUAUUUCCUUCCUAGACCACCCGGCGAAGACCACUAACUCGGCCCUCGUCGAUAUACUCCUCGCCGCCGGCGCCGUCCUUUACGUGAAGACCAACAUCCCCCAGACGAUGAUGACCGCCGACUCCCACAACAAUGUCUUCGGCCGCGUUCUCAAUCCCCACCGUCGAAACCUGACAGCUGGUGGCAGCUCUGGCGGCGAGAGCGCCCUAAUCGCCCUCCGUGGCUCCCUUCUCGGCGUCGGCACCGAUAUUGGCGGCUCCAUCCGCAUCCCAGCCCUAUGCUGCGGUCUCGCUGGCUUUAAGCCCACUGUCGGCCGCAUCCCCACCGCCGGACAGGCGAUCGCAGGGCGUCCUGGAUUGACGGGGAUUCUCACCGUCGCGGGGCCCCUGUGCCACUCUAUGCGCGACGCCGAGCUCUUCAUCCAAACGGUCCUCAACGCCCACCCAGAAGAUGUCGACGACGCAGCCCUCGCCGUCCCCUGGCAAGAACCGCCCGCCCAGCCCGUCCUCACCAUCGGCCUCCUCCCCGAGGAUCCCAACUACCCGCUCCACCCCCCUAUGCGCCGCACCCUCGCCGUGGCCGCCUCCAAACUCCAAGCCGCAGGCCACAAGCUCGUCGACCUCACGAAGAAGAUCCCCCCGCUGAGCGAAUCUACCAGGAUCGCCUGGCGCCUGUUCCAGAUGGACCCGGACAAGACGCAAGUCAAGAACAUCCUUGACGGCGGAGAGCCACCCGUGCCGUCUCUCAAAUUCACGUAUAACCUGGUCGCAACGGACGCUGAGCCGACCCUGCGCGAGCUGUACGAUCUGAAUGCAGCACGCGCGAAGUUCAUAGCCGACAUGCGUCGUGCUUAUCUAGAGAACGGACUAGAUGUCAUUCUCGGUCCUGCAUUCCAGAGCUGCGCUCCGCCACAUGAUACCUUCGGUCUGCCGAUAUAUACGGUGUUGUCGAAUUUGCUGGAUUAUCCCGCGUGCAUAGUCCCAUUCGGCCAAGCCAACGAGGUCGACGACGCCGCUUUUGUACGAGACGUUAAAUACGUCCCAGAGUACCAUCCCAGCGAAGUCGAAGGCGCCCCCUGCCACGUGCAGUUGAUUGCGCGCAGAAUGAAGGAUGAGGCCUUGUUGCGGUAUGCGCAGACUGUGGAGAAAGUGUUGGCAUGA